AUGGGAGAUGACAAGUUCCUGGAUGAGGACCUGCACCGCUUCCUGUCUGAGCCUCCGCAUAAACGAAGGGUUCCAAGGAAUACCGUUUUGAACAAGGACAAACUAUGGGACCUUCCCGUCCCCUAUGUGCUAGACAAAACCCUUGCUUUGAAUGCAAAAGGGAUCAUUCUGCGGGCCUUUGAGCAGUUCAGACUAAAAUCCUGCGUCAACUUCAAGCCCAGAGGCUCUGAGUAUCACUUCAUUUCAGCCCAGAAAAACAGAGGGUGUUCCUCCCACGUAGGGAGAUCUUCCAAGUAUGGACAGCCUCUUUCCAUUGGAAAUUACUGUGAUCAUAUUGGCAUUGUGGAGCAUGAGUUUCUACACGCUCUGGGAAUCUGGCAUGAACAGUCCAGAUAUGACAGGGAUGAAUAUGUGACCAUUGUUUGGAAAAACAUAAGACGUGGUCACGAGAGGAACUUUGUGAAAGUCUCUCCCCAUUAUUCGACCACCCUGGGUUUCCCGUAUGACUACAGCUCGGUGCUGCAUUACAGUGAGACAUCCUUCAGCAAGGGAGAGGGACCUACCAUCAUCACUAAGCAACCUGAGUACCAAAAGAUUAUUGGACAACGCCUUGAAAUGAGCCCACAAGAUGCCUUAAUGCUGAACAAGCUAUACGGCUGCAAAAAAUCUAUUUCAUUUAUGGAACAUUGCAACUUCGACAACCAGAGAUUGUGUGGGAUGAGUCGCUGCACUAAGAGUUUGGUAGGUGGCUGGAAAAGAAUGAAGACUGUCAUUGGGGGGCCCUAUUCUGAUUUCACCAACCUGGGGAAGACAGACGGUACUGGUUUCUUUAUGCACGCCAGCACAGCGUCAGGCCAGGAGGGGGACACAGCCCGGCUGGAGAGCAGGGAGAUGACUCCCAGUAGGAAGUGCAGUGUCCAGUGUCUGCAGUUCUACUACUACCACAGUGGUAACGAGUCAGACCAGCUCAACAUCUGGAUGAGAGUGUAUCGUGAUGAGAGAAACCCUAAUGGAACUCUACGCCACAUGGGCCAGAUCACAGGUUCCCCAGGAUCUCACUGGAUGCCCUACCACGUGCCCCUGAAUGCCACCAAAACGUUCCAGGUGGAGUUUGAGGUGCGUAAAGGAGCAGGACAGUCUACAGGUGGGUUUUCCAUCGAUGACAUCAACCUGUCAGAAACCGAAUGCCCCCAUCACACCUGGCAGAUUAAAGACUUUGAGAAUCUUUUAACCACCAGCGACAUUAACACUGUUGUGUACAGCCCCAGAUACUACUCCCCAGAGGGCUAUGCCUACCAGAUUUCCAUUUAUCUUCGUGAAAUGUUGUUUGGAGUCUAUGUGCGCUUAGUCUCAGGAAAGUAUGAUGACCAACUCCAGUGGCCUUGCCACCAUCGACAAGUGACGAUUCAACUGCUGGACCAGAAUCCCCACACUCAGCAACGCAUGUCCAAGCAAAUCAGCAUUACCACUGAACCCUCACUUCAGGACGGUAUUCCUCCAUUUUGCAGACUAUGA